AUGUACAAGUUCCACGGUGUGGGCGAGUCCAUCGGGAAAGUGACGGCGCGUCUGCUGAAGGACCCUGGCGUUCCCCACUCCGACCACUCUCUUCUGAGGAGCAUCCACAAGUCCGAUGAUGGAGAGAAGGAAAAAGAGAAAAAAGCUCUGCUGCAUGCUAGAUCCGAAAGACUAGGACGCUCGGAGAAAUUCAACGAAGGAAUGAUCGCGGGUUAUUCAGGUCAUAUUCCAAGACAUCACCUUUACAAUUGGGGGAAGAGCUUCCCAGAAACGGCCAACGAUGCCAUCUCCGAUUUCGAGCGAGAACAAAGAAGGGAGAAGAGUAAAAAAAGAGGAUCGUAUCUUCUUGCCAUCGACGGUGCCAAAAUGCAGUAUUUACCCCGUGGUGAAUCCGACCAUACAUUGUCAAAUGAGGUUCCAUCAAACAAUGGCCUAAAAUUGCCGGACGUUCGUCUUAACCUUAGACUUCCUCUAGAGCCGGUACAGGCAGAAGCUGACCCCUACGUCUCCCCUAGGUCUAUGGAGGCCGCCGAACAAUACAACAAGUCCCCCUACCAGAUGGACAACUCGAGUCCGAGGAAAUAUUUUAUGUCCGGUUACAUGGGCCAUGUCCCGCACUCACAAAACAAGGUGGGCAAAUGUUUCUCCUUCCUCAGUCACCAGGCUCUCAACGACUUCACGGACUACAUGACGCACUGGAACAGCGUGCGACGAGCGCCCGUGAAGCCAGACCGCGAGGUGGCGGGCUCGUGGCCGCAAAGUCCACGUACUACUCCGGCCGUCAUCUACCCCACGAGAACAGGGAUGAUACCUCGCUACGCGGGACACGUGCCAGGAGAAAAAUUUCGAUGUGGGAAAACGUGGUGGGAGAUGACGACGGACACCCUGGAACGCCGCCCGGACUCCGAGAAGAAGAGCAGAACAGGGCCCUCAAAGAAGGAUUUAGAGGCCGUCGUACGGUCCUACACCUUUGCUUAA